AUGGGACAGACAGAGGCCCUACAGUGUGUCAAAACAUCAGGUAUACCUCCGGAGCAUCUUUAGAAUUGUUCUCUGGCUAUAAUCUGGUUAUUACCUGCAGGGAAGACUCAAGAUUAUAAAUGGUUUUGGUGACAGGUUAAUCUCGACUCCUGAUUUUGGUCACUGUAUGUUUAUGCUGUCUUGUACCUCGUAGACAGAAUUUUUAUUGUAUAUUACGUCUGCCUGUGAAUUCUUUCAUUUCCAUCAGUUUUCAUUUUAAAAAGGCAAACAUUUUCCACACUUUGUUAGGUCCUCCUUUCUGUGAAAGACAGAGAAAAAAGGGGUAAGUUUGUCUGUAAUGUUUUGCAUGGAGGGUUGGGGUCCCACUCGUUGGAGGGCAGGCUGAAGGUGGUUAUCCAGCCACAGGGCCAGGGGCUGCACGUGGGGGACUCUCUCCAAUUGGAGUGUGGGGCAGUGGGGAGGCCUAUUCCCCGCUACCAGUGGCACUCUUCCCUUUCCUCCAACGGGAGACUCACGGUAAGGAGGACAAAGAGGAGGAUGCUAACAUCGUUAAACUCUUAUGUAGAACAUUACUCUUUUAUACUGUUACACUGUUAAACAUGUACAGUAUCUGUUAUAGCUACAGCAGCUAUACUGUUAUAGAAUACAAAUUGAAUGAAAAUAGUUACCGUUGGAAAUGUUUUCAAAUAGCUUACGAUGGUGGUUGUUUGUUGAUUCAAACAGAUUCCUUAUCUGAUGCUGGAACAUCAGGGAAAGUAUUGCUGUGAGAUUUGCAUUAACAACGAGAGGACGUGGACGAAUGAAGUAGAAGUUCUAGUGGGUAUGUCACUGUCCUUUCUUGUACAGUACUAUAAUGAUGAUAUUGAUCCUAGCCCAAACAUAUGCUCGGUUUAUCAGUAUACAAUAUGAGCAAAAACGUUGUAUUUGGUGACAGUUCUUGAUGAUUACUUGCUCUUGUUCUUGACUGAAAGGACCGAUGAUAUCUGUCCAGUUUUCAAGGACAGUGGAGUGUUCUGAAGGUAUAGCUGAAGUGUCUGCUUCUCUUAGUUUGGGCAUCUGGGACAAACAGUAUUUUCAUGAAUGGAACAGGUCCAUGUUGCAAACAAUGGGGUGGAAAAAUAAAUCUGUUUUUACAGGGAAUAGAUUUCAGAGAAUGAGGGAUUGGUUCCAGGUGUUAAAUGCAUUUUAUUCAUCCUUUGGAUUAUUGCCCUUUCAUUUUAUUCAUUAUAUUUUCGAGAGCACAUGUUCUGCUCAGGUAAUCCCAAUCAUAAAUUAUCAGCAUUAUCAUCAUAUUGCAGGCCCGCAACAGGUUACCCUCAUUGACUCUUGUUUUAAUCCACGUCCUCGCUCAAUGCAUAGGCCCAAUGGUACAGUUCUAGACAAUCUUGUAUCUAUACCAAUUCAAGCUAGCCCUAUGGUAUUUUCAAAUAAGGGGUUACCAACUGAGCAUAGUAUGCUUGUAUUAGAGACUCUGUCUGAUCUGAAAUCCCGCAGCUGCGGUAUUGGACUGAUUCAUGUGAAUGCCAGAAGUUUAUCCUCGAAAAUAGAUUUUAUUAUAACUCUGGCCUCUCAAACCAACAUUCUGGUAAUAUCUCAAACUUGCCUAAAUAAGACUGUGCUGGAUAAUGAUGUGUCUCUGGCUGGUUAUAAUGUUUUUAGAUCUGACAGAGUUGGCAGAGGUGGAGGUGUCGCCAUAUUUACAAAGGACAACAUAAAUGGUUCUGUAUCUCUCACUACCUCUGUCCCUAAGCAAUUUUGAGUGAUCUUAAUCUGGAUUGGUUGAUGCCAUCUUCUGAUAGGCUGAAAGAUGUCUGCAUUGAGCUAAAUCUAACUCAUAACUGAACCAACCCGCCCCAACUGUAAACACCCUGAAAAAUCUACUAUUUUAGAUAUUAUUUUGACAAGCAUAAGUAUACAGCCAUUGGAAUUUUUGCUAAUGAGUUCAGUGACCACUGUCCCGUUGCCUGCAUAAGAGAUGCAAAGCUACUUAAAUCAUGCCCUUGCAUUAUUACAAAGAGAAAUUACAGGAAUUUCAAUGAGCAACAAUUCUUGUCUGAUCUGGGAUUGUGUGAAUGGGGGGUUGUGUCAGAUAUCUCUGACUCGGAUCAGGCCCUAAAUUGUUUUACUGUAAGUCUAUUGCAGAUAAGCAUGCUCCAUUCAAGAAACUAAGGGUAAGGGAUAGAGCUAAUCCCUGGUUCAAGAAUGAACUAUCAGAGAAACAUCAGGAGAUACAUUUAGCUCGGGCUAAGGCUAGACUGACUGAUUCUACGUCUGACUGGCAGUCCUUCAGAUGCUUGAGAAAUAGAUGUAUAUCCCUGGUUAGAAAAGAAAAAUCGACUUCUUCAACUGUGUAUCUGUGAAUGAUGGGAAUCCAGCUGCUAUCUGGAAGGUAGUCAAAUCUCUGAAAUUGUCACGCCCUGGCUUUGAGAGGCCGGUUGUCUUUAGUUGGUUUGGUCAGGGCGUGAGUUUCUAUGUGUAUAUCUAUGUUUAGAUCUAUGUUUAUAUUUCUAUGUUUGGCCGGGUGUGAUUCCCAAUCAGAGGCAGCUGUCGCUUGUUGUCUCUGAUUGGGGAUCAUACUUAGGUAGCCUGGUUGCCUACCUUAGUGUGGGAUCUUGUUUGUUGUUUGUUAUUUUGUCAAGUGUUUAUUCGUAUUAAUAAACAUGUACGCAUACCACGCUGCACCUUGGUCUGACCAGUCUCUCAACGAUCGUGACAGAAGAUCCCACCCUAAGGUAGCCUGGUUGCCUACCUUAGUGUGGGAUCUUAUUUGUGUUUCUGUUUGGCUAGUUUCGUUAUAGCCCAUAGAACUUCACGGUUCGUUGUUUGUUAUUUUUUCAAGUGUUUAUUCGUAUUAAUAAACAUGUACGCAUAUACCAUGCUGCACCUUGGUCUGACCCGUCUCUCAACGAUCGUGACAGAAGAUCCCACCACCAAUGAACCAAGCAGCGUGCCCAGGAGGAGCAGAGAUCAUGGACUUGGAGGGAGAUAAGAGAGGAUCUGGCCAAGCAUAUGGAGGCCCUGAAAGGGAUGAGGGUGGAGAAGGAGAGUGUAGCCAAUAAAGGACCCUGGGCGAAGGAGGAAGGCCAGGUAGGAGAGAAACGGCGACUUAAAAGGACGCGGUCACGAAGAAAGCCUGAGAAGCAGCCCCAAUAGUUUUUUUGGGGGGGGGCACACAGGGUGGUUGGCGGAGCCAGGGUUCAGAGCAGAGCCAACUCCCCGUAUUCGCGCUAAGAAGUGUGUGACCGUGCAGGCUCCGUGUUGUGCGGAGAUACGCACUGUGUCACCAGUGCGCCUGCACAGUCCAGUGCGUCCUGUGCUAACGCCACGUACAGUGGGGAGAACAAGUAUUUGAUACACUGCCGAUUUUGCAGGUUUUCCUACUUACAAAGCAUGUAGAGGUCUGUAAUUUUUAUCAUAGGUACACUUCAACCGUGAGAGACGGAAUCUAAAACAAAAAUCCAGAAAAUCACAUUGUAUGAUUUUUAAGUAAUUAAUUUGCAUUUUAUUGCAUGACAUAAGUAUUUGAUCACCUACCAACCAGUAAGAAUUCCAUCUCUCACAGACCUGUUAGUUUUUCUUUAAGAAGCCCUCCUGUUCUCCACUCAUUACCUGUAUUAACUGCACCUGUUUGAACUCAUUACCUGUAUAAAACACACCUGUCCACACACUCAAUCAAACAGACUCCAACCUCUCCACAAUGGCCAAGACCAGAGAGCUGUGUAAGGACAUCAGGGAUAAAAGUGUAGACCUGCACAAGACUGGGAUGGGCUACAGGACAAUAGGCAAGCAGCUUGGUGAGAAGGCAACAACUGUUGGCGCAAUUAUUAGAAAAUGGAAGAAGUUCAAGAUGACGGUCAAUCACCCUCGGUCUGGGGCUCCAUGCAAGAUCUCACCUUGUGGGGCAUCAAUGAUCAUGAGGAAGGUGAGGGAUCAGCCCAGAACUACACGGCAGGACCUGGUCAAUGACCUGAAGAGAGCUGGGACCACAGUCUCAAAGAAAACCAUUAGUAACACAUUACGCCGUCAUGGAUUAAAAUCCUGCAGCGCACACAAGGUCCCCCUGCUCAAGCCAGCGCAUGUCCAGGCCCGUCUGAAGUUUGCCAAUGACCAUCUGGAUGAUCCAGAGGAGGAAUGGGAGAAGGUCAUGUGGUCUGAUGAGACAAAAAUAAAGCUUUUUGGUCUAAACUCCACUCGCCGUGUUUGGAGGAAGAAGAAGGAUGAGUACAACCCCAAGAACACCAUCCCAACCGUGAAGCAUGGAGGUGGAAACAUCAUUCUUUGGGGAUGCUUUUCUGCAAAGGGGACAGGACGACUGCACCGUAUUGAGGGGAGGAUGGAUUACAUUUACAUUUAAGUCAUUUAGCAGACGCUCUUAUCCAGAGCGACUUACAAAUUGGUGCAUUCACCCUAUAGCCAGUGGGUUAACCACUUUACAACAAUGUUUUGUUUUUUUUUUUUUUUUUGGGGGGGGGGGGGGGGGGGGGGGGCUAGAAGGAUUACUUCAUCCUAUCCCAGGUAUUCCUUAAAGAGGUGGGGUUUCAAAUGUCUCCGGAAGGUGGUGAGUGACUCCGCUGUCCUGGCGUCGUGAGGGAGCUUGUUCCACCAUUGGGGUGCCAGAGAAGCGAACAGUUUUGACUGGGCUGAGCGGGAACUAUGCUUCCGCAGAGGUAGGGGAGCCAGCAGGCCAGAGGUGGAUGAACGCAAUGCCCUCGUUUGGGUGUAGGGACUGAUCAGAGCCUGAAGGUACGGAGGUGCCGUUCCCCUCACUGCUCCAUAGGCAAGCACCAUGGUCUUGUAACGGAUGCGAGCUUAAACUGGAAGCCAGUGGAGUGUGCGGAGGAGGGGGGUGACGUGAGAGAACUUGGGAAGGUUGAACACCAGACGGGCUGCGGCAUUCUGGAUGAGUUGUAGGGGUUUAAUGGCACAGGCAGGGAGCCCAGCCAACAGCGAGUUGCAGUAAUCCAGACGGGAGAUGACAAGUGCCUGGAUUAGGACCUGUGCCGCUUCCUGUGUAAGGCAGGGUCGUACUCUCCGAAUGUUGUAGAGCAUGAACCUGCAGGAUCGGGUCACCGCCUUGAUGUUAGCGGAGAACGACAGGGUGUUGUCCAGGGUCACGCCAAGGCUCUUCGCACUCUGGGAGGAGGACACAACGGAGUUGUCAACCGUGAUGGCGAGAUCAUGGAACGGGCAGUCCUUCCCCGGGAGGAAGAGCAGCCCCGUCUUGCCAGGGUUCAGCUUGAGGUGGUGAUCCGUCAUCCAUACUGAUAUGUCGGCCAGACAUGCAGAGAUGCGAUUCGCCACCUGGUUAUCAGAAGGGGGAAAGGAGAAGAUUAGUUGUGUAUCGUCAGCGUAGCAAUGAUAGGAGAGGCCAUGUGAGGAUAUGACAGAGCCAAGUGACUUGGUGUAUAGGGAGAAAAGGAGAGGGCCUAGAACUGAGCCCUGGGGGACACCAGUGGUGAGAGCACGUGGUGCGGAGACAGCUUCUCGCCACGCCACUUGGUAGGAGCGACCGGUCAGGUAGGACGCAAUCCAGGAGUGAGCCGCGCCGGAGAUGCCCAGCUCGGAGAGGGUGGAGAGGAGGAUCUGAUGGUUCACUGUAUCAAAGGCAGCAGACAGGUCUAGAAGGACAAGAGCAGAGGAGAGAGAGUUAGCUUUAGCAGUGCGGAGAGCCUCCGUGACACAGAGAAGAGCAGUCUCAGUUGAAUGACCAGUCCUGAAACCUGACUGGUUUGGAUCAAGAAGGUCAUUCUGAGAGAGAUAGCAAGAGAGUUGGCUAAAGACGGCACGCUCAAUAGUUUUGGAAAGAAAAGAAAGAAGGGAUACUGGUCUGUAGUUGUUGACAUCAGUGGGAUCGAGUGUUGGUUUUUUGAGAAGGGGUGCAACUCUCGCUCUCUUGAAGACGGAAGGGACAUGGCCAGCGGUCAAGGAUGAGUUGAUCAGCGAGGUGAGGUAGGGGAGAAGGUCACCGGAGAUGGUCUGGAGAAGAGAGGAGGGGAUGGGGUCAAGCGGGCAGGUUGUUGGGCGGCCUGCAGUCACUAGUCGCAAGAUUUUAUCUGGAGAGAGAGGGGAGAAAGAAGUCAAAGCAUAGGGUAGGGCAGUGUGAGCAGGACCAGCAGUGUCAUGGAUGGGGCCAUGUAUCGCGAGAUCUUGGCCAACAACCUCCUUCCCUCAGUAAGAGCAUUUAAGAUGGGUCGUGGCUGGGUCUUCCAGCAUGACAACGACCCGAAACACACAGCCAGGGCAACUAAGGAGUGGCUCCGUAAGAAGCAUCUCAAGGUCCUGGAGUGGCCUAGCCAGUCUCCAGACCUGAACCCAAUAGAAAAUCUUUGGAGGGAGCUGGAAGUCUGUAUUGCCCAGCGACAGCCCCGAAACCUGAAGGAUCUGGAGAAGGUCUGUAUGGAGGAGUGGGCCAAAAUCCCUGCUGCAGUGUGUGCAAACCUGGUCAAGACCUACAGGAAACGUAUGAUCUCUGUAAUUGCAAACAAAGGUUUCUGUACCAAAUAUUAAGUUCUGCUUUUACUGAUGUAUCCAAUACUUAUGUCAUGCAAUAAAAUGCAAAUUAAUUACUUAAAAAUCAUACAAUGUGAUUUUCUGGAUUUUUGUUUUAGAUUCCGUCUCUCACAGUUGACGUGUACCUAUGAUACAAAUUACAGACCUCUACAUGCUUUGUAAGUAGGAAAACCUGCAAAAUUGGCAGUGUAUCAAAUACUUGUUCUCCCCACUGUACGUACCGUGCGGAAGUCGGCAUCCAGCCAGGACGGGUUGUGCCAGCUCUACGCUCCAGACCUCCAGUGCGCCUCCACAGCCUGGUACGGCCUGUGCCAGCUCCCAACACCAAACCAGUGGUGCGUGUCGCCAGCCCGGUACGCCCCAUACCUGCUCCCCGCACCAAACCAGUGGUGCGCGUAUCCAGUCCAGUACGGCCCGUACCUGCUCUCCGCACCAAACCAGUGGUGCGUGUCGCCAGCCCGGUACGCCCCGUACCUGCUCCCCGCCCCAAACCAGUGGUGCGUGUAUCCAGUCCAGUACGGCCCGUGCCUGCUCCUCGCACCAAACCAGUGGUGCGUGUCUCCAGUCCGGCACGACCUGUGCCUGCUACCCGCACCAAACCAGUGGUGCGCAUAUCCAGUCCGGUACGGCCCGUACCUGCUCCCAACACCAAACCAGUGGUGCAUGUUGCCAGCCCGGUACGCCCCAUACCUUCUCCCCGCACCAAACCAGUGGUGUGUGUAUCCAGUCCGGCACGACCCGUUCCUGCUCCCCGCACCAAACCAGCGGUGCGUGUCACCAGUCUGGCACGACCCGUCCCUGCUCCUCACACCAGACCAGUGGUGCGUGUUCCCAGAGUAGUCCGCUCCACCGGUGCCUAGUUCAGCUCCGGUCAGCGGCUCCAUUCCAGUGCCAGAUUAAUCCACUCUACCGGUGCCUAGUCCAGCCCCGGUCAGCUGCUCCAGUCCAGUGACAGAGCAGGAGCUCCACCGGUGCCCAGUCCAGCUCCAGUCAGCGGUUCCACUCCGGAGCCAGGGCAGUCCGCUCCACAGGGGUCCAGUUCAGCUCCGGUCAGCGGCUCCACUCCAGACCCAGACGUCAGCACCUCUGCAGGGUCGGGGCCUCCCACACCAGGGUCCAGACAGGGCUUGGUGCAUCGCGGGAGGAUUGCCGAUCCAGGCCCAGACGUCAGCCCCUCUCCAGGUUCGGGGCCUCCCACACCAGGGUCCAGACAGGGCUUGGUGCAUCGUGGGAGGAAGGAGAGGGGAAGCAUCGCGCCGAGGUCCAGACCAGACCAGGGGUGCAACGGGGAGGCAGAGAGGGAGAGGUCGUCACGCCCGGAGCCGGAGCCGCCUCCGAAGCUGAAUGCCUAUCCGGACCCUCCCCUUAUGAGUUAGGUUGGUGCGGCCGGAGUACGCACCUUUGGGGGGGAGGGUACUGUCACGCCCUGGCCUUGAGAGGCCGGUUGUCUUUAGUUGGUUUGGUCAGGGCGUGAGUUUCUAUGUGUAUAUCUAUGUUUAGAUCUAGGUUUAUAUUUCUAUGUUUGGCCCGGUGUGAUUCCCAAUAAGAGGCAGCUGUCGCUCGUUGUCUCUGAUUGGGGAUCAUACUUAGGUAGCCUGGUUGCCUACCUUAGUGUGGGAUCUUGUUUGAGUUUCUGUUUGGCUAGUUUCAUUACAGCCCAUAGAACUUCACGGUUCGUUGUUUGUUAUUUUGUCAAGUGUUUAUUCGUAUUAAUAAACAUGUACGCAUACCACGCUGCACAUUGGUCUGACCCGUCUCUCAACGAUCGUGACAGAAAUAAACCUCCAUCCCCUCAUUUCCCCAGCAGGGUAUGACCGCUUCUGUUCCCAGAACAGAUAAGAUGGACAUUUUUGGUGCUUAUAACCACUUUGCCUCAGCGGGCCACCUAUUUGUUAAAAUACACUACAUCACCAAAAGUAUGUGGACACCCCUUCAAAUUAGUGGAUUUGGCUAUUUCAGCCACACCCGUUGCUGACAGUGUAUAAAAUCUCCAUAGACAAACAAUGGCAGUAGAACGGCCUUACUGAAGAGCUCAGUGACUUUCAAUGUGGCACCGUCAUAGGAUGCCACCUUUCCAACAAGUCAGUUCGUCAAAUUUCUGCCCUGCUAGAGCUGCCCUAUUCAACUGUAAGCGCUGGUAUUGUUAAGUGGAAACGUCUAGGAGCAACAAUGGCUCAGCCGCGAAGUGGUAGGCCACACAAGCUCACAGAACGGGACCGCCGAGUGUUGAAGCGAGUAGCACGUAAAAAUUGUUUGUCCUUGGUUGCAAGACUCACUAUCGAGUUCCAAACUGCCUCUGGAAGCAACGUCAGCACAAUAACUGUUCGUAGGGAGCUUCAAGAAAUGGGUUUCCAUGGCCAAGCAGCCGAACACAAGCCUAAGAUCACCAUGCGCAAUGCCAAGCGUCGGUUGGAAUGGUGUGAAGUUUGCCGCCAUUGGACUCUGGAGCAGUGGAAAAGCGUUCUCUGGAGUGAUGAAUCACGCUUCACCAUCUGGCAGUCCGACGGACGAAUCUGGGUUUGGCAGAUGCCAGGAGAACUCUACCUGCCCGAAUGCAUAGUACCAACUGUAAAGUUUGGUGGUCUGGGGCUGUUUUUCAUGGUUCGGGCUAGGCGCCUUAGAUCCAGUGAAGGGGAAUCUUAACGCUACAGCAUGCAAUGACAUUCUAGACGAUUCUGUGUUUCCAACUUUGUGGCAACAGUUUGGGGAAGUCCCUUUCCUGUUUCAGCAUGACAAUGCACUGUGCACAAAGCGAGGUCCAUAGAGAAAUGGUUUGUCGAGAUCGGUGUGGAAGAACUUGACUGGCCUGCACAGAGCCCUGACCUCAACCCCAUCGAACGCCCAACAUCAGUGCCUGACCUCACUACUGCUCUUGUGGCUGAAUGGAAGCAAGUCCCUGCAGCAAUGUUCCAACAUCUAGUGGAAAGGCUUCCCAGAAGAGUGGAGGCUGUUAUAGCAGCAAAGGGGGCACCAACUCCAUAUAAAUGCCCAUGAUUUUGGAAUGAGAUGUUCGACGAGCAGGUGUCCACAUACUUUCGUUCUUAAUGAUCACUUACAAAUGGCUAACAUUAGGCAUGUUGAUCUUUUGGCCUCUGACUUACCUCCACCUAAUUAGUGAAAAAUAGUACUUGAAUUCAGUUGAAAUGCAAGCACAGGAAAUCAAAAUUCCAGUAAUCGUUCUGAAAAUGUUUCCCCACAGAUUAUGUUUUUGCCUUUAAAGCAAGGAAAGUGACACUUUGACACGCAUUGAAAUAAUAUUUGAGCUGAUCUAUCAUUGUUCCUAGUUUUUAUAAAUGUUUUUGCACAGUACAUAGAGAAUGUGUAUCAAUACAACAUGUGCAAUGUCUGUGUUAUAUAAUGAAAGUCUUGGGAUUGUAGGUACCAGUGAACUCAUCCUAAACAGCACUCAAGAACCUCCUUUUGGUAAGCAGAACAAAAUGUAAAUGUUCUCUUCAUGUUGGUCAAUGUUUCAUUAUUCCACAAUUGAUUUAAACUCAUAGUCAUUGGUGAUAUUUGUCUCCCAUCACAGCGACAGAUAUAAUGGCCCUGCUGAUCGGGAACCUCUCAUACCAGAACCACCCCCAGCUCAAGGCGCCCAUGGUGGAUGUGUAUGACCUCACCAACCUCCUGCGCCAGCAGUGUAUGAAAGAAGACCUAGAAGAAUUUGAUCCGUUCUUGUCAAGUUUCAGUCAAAUCUUAGUUUGUUUGAGCUGGUUUUUCUAAACAAAAUCAAAUCAUGGCAUUUUUGGUUACAUACGUUUGAGAAGUCACAUUUUUGUCUUAUUUCAUUCACUUCUCUAUUCACUGUCUCAUUUACCCCUGUUCAAUUCAUUCCCAUGACCUUCUCCUAGGUUUGCUGUACUAUGCUGGUCAUGUUUAUGAGAAUUACGGCAACAGCUUCAUGGUACCUGUGGAUGCUUCAAACCCGUAA